CAAAAAGGACCCAGGGUUAUGGCGGCUCCUGCGCCGACGUCGCACGCGACCGGUUUUCCAACCGAGGGUAGAUGCAGCUAUUUUGUGGAAAAGAAGAAGCGCUUCUGCAAGAUGGUGGUGGCCGCAGGGAGGAGGUUCUGUGGCGAACACGCAGGAGCAGCGGAGGAAGAAAAUUCUCGGAAAAGAAUCUUGUGUCCUUUAGAUCCAAAACACACAGUAUAUGAAGACCAACUAGCAAAACAUUUGAAAAAAUGUAAUUCAAGAGAGAAGCCAAAGCCUGAUUUCUUUAUUCAAGAUAUAAAUGCAGGAUUAAAGGAUGAAACUGAAAUUCCUGAGCAGUUGGUUCCCUUUUCUUCUCUAUCUGAAGAGCAGUUGGAAAACUUAAUUAAGAAAUUGAGAAAAGCAAGUGAAGGCUUGAAUUCUACACUUGAAGAUCACAUUAUGUCCCAUCCAGCAUUACAUGAUGCCCUUAAUGACCCUAAAAAUGGUGAUUGUGCAGUCAAGCACCUGAAACAGCAGGCUUCUAUUUUAGGUAACAUUGAAAAAUUAAAGUUACUUGGUCCAAGAAGAUGCUUUGUUGAGUUUGGAGCAGGAAAGGGGAAAUUAUCUCACUGGGUUGAUAUUGCCUUAAAAGAUGCUGAGAAUGUUCACUUCCUCCUGGUAGAAAAAGUGACCACAAGAUUCAAGGUAGAUGGUAAACACAGAAAAAAGAACUCAGUGUUUGAAAGACUUCAAAUUGAUAUUCAACACUUGUGCUUGAACAGGAUUCCUGUGCUGAGGGAAGGAAGACUGCCUGUGGUAGGAAUUGGGAAGCAUCUGUGUGGGGUCGCCACAGAUCUUGCAUUACGAUGUUUGGUUGAAACCUAUGCUGCCAGUUUUGAGGAAAAGAAUGAAGAGCCUCUAGCCAAACGCUUAAAGAAUGAUAGGACAGAAAAAGAAAGUUACGCUUCGGCCAAGGAAGGAAAUGAAAAAAUUGUCCCGGAGACACAGACCCCUGUGGCUGGCAUUGUCAUUGCCCUCUGUUGUCACCACAGGUGUGACUGGAGACAUUACGUGGGCAAAGAGUACUUCCAGGCCCUCGGCCUCGGGGCCGUGGAGUUCUACUAUUUCCAGAGAAUGAGUAGCUGGGCGACAUGUGGCAUGAGGACUUCUCUGGAAGCCUCGGGUGUUACUACGAAGGGAAAAGAUGGUCAAAAUGACGACGACGACAACAACAGCGAGCAUGAGGGUGGAGGAGACAGACUCGCAGAUGGCCGUGAUUCACCUGGGACUCUUUCUGUAGAAGAAAAGAAGAAAAUAGGACAUCUUUGCAAACUGCUGGUUGACCAAGGCCGGCUCCAGUAUUUGCAGCAGAAGGGCUUCAGGCCAGCCCUAUGUCACUACACAGACCCAUCGGUGUCUCUGGAAAACGUGCUCUUAACUGCCGUGCCUGUUCAACUGUCAGCGCAGGAAACAGCCCGUUAG